UCCCUGCAUCCUCCACUUCUAGAGUAACAAUGGAGCCUCAGACUCAGGAAGCAUCAAAUAGUCAAAGACACACAAGUGAUCAAAAUGUGCAUAAUGUUAGUGAUCAUGUGGAUGAAGACGUAACUUCUGAUGCAGUGGAUAUGGAUCAAUAUCGCAUAAACUUUUGGGAAGAUAUUGGUAAGAUUGAUUUUUCAAGUCUAUCUAUGAAAAAUAUUUGUCAAUUGCACUUUGCUGAUCUUGGCUUGGCAUUCGAAUUUUAUAAUUCAUAUGCCAAGACGAGGGACUUCAGUGUGCGAAAGAGUAGGAGUAGAAUAGUUGAUGGAAAAGUUAGAGAAAAAGCAUAUGUUUGUUCUUGUGAAGGGUAUAGAUUAGAAAAAUAGAACCAUAUGAAAAAUCGAGUUAGGGAGCCAAAACCAGAGACAAGAUGUGGCUGUAUAAGUAAACUUCAUGUUUUCUUCGAUGCGGUAACUGAGAGUUGGGUAGUGAGAGAUUUUUGUGAUGAACACAACCAUGAUCUUGUUGUUCCAAAGUUAGCAAGAAUGUUAAGAUCUCACAAGAAAAUGACUGAG